GUCACGAUUUAAGUCGGACAUCACCCAACGAACAAUUCCACUUGCCCUUAAACAACCUAUCUUCAGCAAUUUAAGAAGAAAUGGGGGGCAAGUCCGCUACCAAGGCCGCUUACUUUGAUAAGCUCAAGGCCCUUCUCGAUGAGUACAAGACCGUCUUCAUUGUCGGUGUCGACAAUGUCAGCUCUCAGCAGAUGCACGAGAUUCGUCUGAGUCUCCGUGGAGAGGGUGUUGUCCUGAUGGGCAAGAACACCAUGGUUCGCCGUGCCAUCAAGGGCUUUGUCAACGACAACCCCGAGUACGAGCGUCUCCUCCCCUUCGUUAAGGGCAACGUUGGUUUCAUCUUCACCAACGGUGACCUCAAGGGUGUCAAGGAGAAGGUCCUUGCCAACCGUGUCGCUGCUCCCGCUCGUCCCGGUGCCAUCGCCCCUGCCGAUGUCUGGAUUCCCGCUGGUAACACCGGUAUGGAACCCGGUAAGACCUCUUUCUUCCAGGCUCUCGGUGUCCCCACCAAGAUUGCUCGUGGUACCAUCGAAAUUACCACCGACCUGAAGCUCGUUGAGGCUGGUUCCAAGGUCGGCCCCUCCGAGGCCACCCUGUUGAACAUGCUCAACAUCUCUCCCUUCACCUACGGUAUGACCAUUGCCCAGGUCUACGACCAGGGUCAGUGCUUCAGCGCCGAGGUUCUGGACAUCGAGGAGUCUCAGCUCCUCGCUGCCUUCACCUCCGCUAUCACCACCAUCACCACUAUCUCUCUGGCUGCCAACUACCCCACCCUUCCCUCCGUUCUGCACUCUCUCGUCAACGGUUACAAGAAGGUUCUUGCCGUUGCUGUUGAGACUGAGGUCAGCUGGCCCGAGAUUGAGGAGCUCAAGGACCGUAUCGCCAACCCUGACGCUUACGCUGCCGCCGCUCCCGUCGCCGCCGCUGCCGCCCCCGCGGCCGGUGAUGCUCCCGCCAAGGUCGAGGAGGAGGAGGCCGAUGAGUCCGAUGACGACAUGGGCUUCGGUCUCUUCGACUAAGCGUCUCGCGUCAAUGUUACACGAGAUACGACUGCCAUGUAUUAGAUAUUUUUCUUCCUGGUCUUGACGACUCGGUCAAUGAAGAUGAUUGUCAUGGUCAUGGAUCAGUUUCUUUUCAUCUAGAUAUGGACGUAGUUACGUUCCAUUACCUGAUGAACUGAAAAAGGUGAGCUCGAUUUUCUUCUGUCUUUUUUUUUUUUUGCCCACACUUCCCCUGGUGAAAUGAUGAAACAAUUUUUAACUCGGAGCUCUUUUGCUAUGCCGAUGAAAAACAGCAACAACAACACUCUAAUUUUUUGCUGACACCAACCUGUUAUUUUUUUUUUACGUUGCCACACCAUUGCUCUUGGUGAUCUGAUAGCUAACAACUAUUCUCAGGUUCAAUUAGUAUAUUGUAGGGUGCAAGGUCG